CGCCGAAGGGUUUUCGGCAGAACUGGUAUAGCUGGCCGCCUGCUUCAAAGGCGGUAUAUGGUCUCUCAUGCUGUGCGAUUGGAAUCUGCUAAUAUGCAAUCUUUAGAUCCAGCUAACUACUAUCGCACUAAGAAGUGUCGUUCAGCGCUGGACAACCAUUCAAAACAAUCCUCAUGCGGUAUGAUUGAUUUGAUGCCAGAAGACUCUGGGUACAGGAAACAUACAACUGAAAUUGUUCGGGCUAGACUCCAGGCUAUAUCGGAUAUCAACAAGCUGGAGAAAACCAUUGAUUGUGGACAGAUCGAGGAAGUUAUCGUGCAGGUUCGUUACCCGAUGUUUGUAAUUAUUCGUUGUUUGUGUGUUUUCUCUGUUACUCUAAUGUUGUUGCGGAACGAUUUUGCCUGA